GUGAAAUGUCUGAACAAAAUGAGUCAGUUCCUGGACUGAAACAGAAGAAAGUGUUUAAAAUUAUAGUUCUAGGUGAUUCAGGAGUGGGUAAGACCUGUCUCACUUAUCGCUUUUGCGAAGGUCAGUUUCUGGAUAAAUCGGAGGCUACGAUAGGGGUGGACUUCAGAGAAAGAACAAUACGCAUACAGAAUGAAGAUAUUAAGUUGCAGCUGUGGGACACGGCAGGUCAAGAAAGAUUCAGAAAGUCAAUGGUGCAACACUACUAUAGGAAUGUGCACGCGGUAGUUAUAGUCUAUGAUGUCACAAAACCAGAAACAUUCCAUUCAAUCGCUAAUUGGAUGCAAGAAGUAGAGUCACAUGGCUUGACGGGUGCCCCGCGAGUGUUAGUGGGUAACAAGUGUGACUGUGGAACGCCAGAGUCUAGACUUGCGACAGCGUAUGCACAGCGUCUUGCCGACAAGCACGGUAUGCCGUUAUUCGAGACGUCAGCUCUCUUGGACUCCGAGUGCGACAACGUGGAGUCGAUAUUCAUGACGCUGGCUCACAAGCUCUACUCCAAGCAACCUCUGCGAGUGCUCAGUGUUGAGGGAGAAAAUAAUCCUAGACGGGUAAGAUUGUCGCAACAGAAGAGAAGCAAUGCAGACAGCGGCAGUUGUCUUUGCACCUAG